UUUCUAGGUUUUUUUGCUGCAUUUUUAGCAAACAGAGAAGCAUACUCUUGAUUCCCUUCUCUUCCUUGUCCUUCGCCUCUUGUCCGACUCAGAUCUCCCCGACCUGCCACCACCCGCGAGCCCUGCACAACAUCACUGCUACCUUCUCUGUCGAUCCCUCGAUCUCCAGACAACCCCGCUCGCCUCUCUCCCUGCUCCGGUCCCCGCCCGCCUCUCGCUCGCGACAACUCCGCCGCAGCACGCGGCGGCCGCGGCGAGAUGCUCCGCCUGCGGGCGUUCCGGCCGACGAGCGACAAAGUCGUGAAGAUCCAGCUCCACCCUACUCACCCCUGGCUCGUCACCGCCGACGCCAACGACCGCGUCUCCGUCUGGGACUGGGAGCACCGCCAGGUGAUCUAUGAGCUGAAGGCAGGUGGCGUUGAUGAGCGUCGCUUGGUUGGAGCGAAGCUUGAGAAACUUGCUGAGGGAGAUGAUUCAAAAGGAAAGCCCACCGAGGCUAUUCGAGGGGGAAGGUUUCCUUUUAUGAUGAUGAUGUUCGCUUUUGGCAACAUUGGCGUAAUUGCUCUGCUGCUGCUGAGGCCCCAACUGCAGUCAGUCAGCAGUCUUCCACGUUCAUUGCACCUGCACCUUCGACACGAGGAAGGCACUUUGUUGUCAUUUGUUGUGAGAACAAAGUCAUAUUUUUGGACUUGGUGACUAUGCGGGGCCGUGAUGUUCCUAAACAGGAGCUUGACAAUAGGUCACUUCUUUGUAUGGAAUUCCUCUCUAGGACAUCUUCUAGCGAUGCUCCUCUUGUUGCCUUUGGGUCAUCUGAUGGUGUCAUCAGGGUCCUUUCGAUGUUGACAUGGAAGCUUGUGCGUAGGUAUACGGGUGGACAUAAAGGAGCAAUAGCUUGCUUAAUGACGUACAUGUCUGCAGCUGGUGAGGUACAUUUAGUUUCUGGUGGCAGCGAUGGCCUGCUGAUAUUAUGGAGUGCUGAUCAUAUCCAUGACUCACGUGAGCUUGUGCCUAAAAUUAGUAUGAAGGCCCAUGAUGGAGGUGUUGUUGCAGUUGAACUUUCUAGGGUGAUGGGGAGUGCUCCGCAGCUCAUUACAAUAGGGGCUGAUAAAACUUUAGCCAUAUGGGAUACUGUUACUUUCAAGGAAAUAAGACGCAUUAAACCAGUGCCUAAACUUGCUUGUCAUAGUGUUGCAUCGUGGUGUCAUCCCCGUGCACCAAACCUUGAUAUUCUAACUUGUGUCAAGGACUCACAUAUUUGGGCCAUAGAGCACCCAACUUAUUCUGCUUUAACAAGACCGCUCUGCGAGCUGUCAUCACUAGUUCCCCCACAGGUCCUUGCACUGCAUAAGAAACUGAGGGUUUACUGCAUGGUGGCACACCCCUUGCAGCCGCAUCUUGUUGCUACUGGAACUAAUAUUGGUAUCAUAUUAAGCGAGUUUGACCCAAGAGCACUUCCAGCUAUUGCUCCUUUACCAACACCAACAGGCAACAAGGAACAUUCUGCUGUUUACAUAGUUGAAAGAGAACUUAAGUUACUGAAUUUCCAAUUGUCAAACACAGCGAAUCCAUCCCUUGGGAAUGCUGGUGUUGCAUCUGAUGCAGGAAGGUCAAUGAACAAUUCAAUAGAACAGUUGAUAGUAAAGCAGACCAAGAAGCAUAUCAGCACUCCUGCUCCCCACGAUUCCUAUUCGGUCCUUUCAGUUAGCAGUUCUGGAAAGUAUGUUGCAAUUGUAUGGCCAGAUAUCCCUUCUUUUGCUGUAUACAAAGCAAAUGAUUGGUCAGUUGUUGAUUCAGGCACAGGGAAGCUUUUUGCCUGGGACACUUGUCGAGACAGAUAUGCUCUGGUAGAGAGUGCAUUGGCCCCAAGAAUGCCACUUGUUGUUAAAGGUGGUUCUUCUAAAAAGGCAAAAGAAGCAGCAGCAGCUGCAGCUCAAGCAGCAGCUGCAGCAGCUAGUGCUGCUUCUGCUGCCACAGUGCAAGUGCGUAUCUUAUUAGAUGAUGGAACAGCACAUGUUUUGCAGAGAUCGAUUGAUGGUCGUAAUGAACCAGUUAUUGGAUUGCAUGGUGGUGCUUUACUUGGUGUCACAUACCGUACAUCUCGUAGAAUCAGUCCUUUGACAGCAACAGCUAUAUCAACUGUUCAAUCGAUGCCCUUAUCAGGUUUUGGUGGAAGUGGAUCAUCUUUUGCAUCUGAUGAUCCAUUUUCCUCUAAGGAAGGGCCUCCACAAAAUUUCCAACUGUACAGCUGGGAGACCUAUCAGCCUGUUAGUGGCCUACUUGCACAACCUGAGUGGACUGUGUGGGACCAAACUGUUGAGUAUUGUGCAUUUGCUUAUCAGCAGUAUAUAGUGAUUUCUUCCUUGCGGCCCCAAUUUAGGUACCUUGGAGAUGUUUCAAUUCCCUUUGCAACUGGUGCCGUUUGGCAUCGAAGGCAGUUAUUUGUGUCUACACCAACAACAAUUGAGUGUGUCUUUGUUGAUGCUGGAGUGGCAGCGAUUGACAUUGAAACAAAAAGGAUAAAACAAGAAAUGAAAGCAAGAGAAGCUCAGAGUCGGGCAGCUGAAGAGCAUGGAGAUUUGGCUCUUAUCACUGUUGAAGCUCCCCAGGUUACUGUGAGUGAAAAAGUAUCAUUGAGGCCACCAAUGUUGCAGGUUGUUCGUUUAGCCUCCUUUCAGUACGCUCCAUCGAUACCACCAUUUAUAGUACCAAAGCAAUCCAAGUUCGAUGGAGAUGAUUCAGUGUUUCAGAAAGAACUGGAUGACAGAAGGUAUGCUGAAGUUGCUGUCGCUGGAGGAGGUGUGUCUGUUGCAGUAACUCGCUUCCCUCCUGAACAGAAGAGACCUAUCGGACCUCUUGUUGUGGUUGGUGUAAGAGAUGGAGUUCUCUGGCUUGUUGACAGGUAUAUGUGUGCACAUGCCUUAUCACUCAGCCAUCCUGGUAUAAGAUGCCGUUGCCUUGCAGCAUAUGGGGACCCUGUUAGUGCUGUGAAAUGGGCAACGAGACUUGGCAGAGAGCAUCACGAUGACCUGGCUCAGUUUAUGCUGGGUAUGGGCUAUGCCACUGAAGCUCUCCAUUUGCCUGGAAUAUCUAAGAGGCUGGAGUUCGACCUUGCAAUGCAGAGCAAUGACCUGAAAAGAGCACUUGCUUGUCUAUUAACAAUGAGCAAUAGCCGAGAUGUGGGACAAGAAACAGCUGCUGCUGAUGCCACUGACGUUACCCAGAUUCUUAGUUUGGCAGUAGCUAAGCAAGCUAAGCAGGAAAGUCUUACAGAUGCCGUGCAGGGAAUAGUGAAAUUCGUCAAGGAGUUUUUUGACCUUAUUGAUGCAGCAGAUGCCACUGGUCAAUCUGACAUUGCUCGUGAAGUUUUAAAGAGAUUAGCGGCUGCAGCUUCUGUAAAGGGAGCACUCCAUGGACAAAUGCUGCGAGGCCUGGCACUCCGUCUUGGAAAUCAUGGGGAGCUUACUAGAUUGUCGGGUCUGGUAAGCAAUUUGAUUACAGCUGGCCAUGGACGCGAAGCAGCAUUUGCUGCCGCAGUUCUGGGAGAUAAUGCCCUAAUGGAGAAAGCAUGGCAGGACACAGGAAUGUUAGCUGAGGCUGUUUUACAUGCUCAGGCCCAUGGUCGUCCAUCAUUAAGGAACUUGGUUAUAACAUGGAACAAGAUGCUACAAAAGGAACUGGAUCACACACCGACUGUAAAAACCGAUGCCGCCGCCGCAUUCUUGGCUUCUCUCGAGGAUCCAAAGCUCACAAGCUUGGGGGAAACUGAGAAAAAGCCUCCCAUCGAAAUACUUCCUCCUGGGAUGCCUCCCCUAUCUGCACCUCCGAUCGUGAUUAAAAAGGCUGGAGCAAAACCUGGUCUCCCUAAUGCAGCAAAGGCGUCAAAUGGGCCUAUAGGUGCUCCUAUGGCUCAAGGUGCUCCCAUGGCUCAUGGUACUCCUGGGCCACAAGGAGUCCCCAUGAAUCAAGUUACUCCAUCACAGGGCAGUCAUGACGAGGCAAGGCCAUCAGAUGCUACAGUGGCUGAUGCAGCUGCCGCGGUUGCAGAAGGUACAGCAGCUCCCCCGGCUGCAGAAGGUACAUCAGCUCCUCCGGCUGCAGAAGGUACAGCAACUCCCAGCAGUGAGGAAGCUAAAGCAGCACCUGGUAAUGAGGAAGGCACAUCAAAUCCAAUCAACGAGGAAGCCACAGCAGCUGCAGUUUCAGUUGCUGCAGGCAGCCCUGACUCUGCUGCUGCUCCUGCAGCUGAUACUAGCUCGGACGCACCUGCUGUUAAUCCCACGGAAGAUACCGUCUCUGCCCCCUCAACGGAGGCACCACCAGAGUUGACGGAUAAGCCAUCUUCAGCAGAGGCAUCGUUGCCACCUCCACCCAGUGUUUCUGGUGUAUAAAUAUUUCUGAUUCUCUUUUAGCAGUGUGCCGAAUUUUCUGUAUUCUGGUUCGUUCGUUCCACCACGCGCGCUGGUAUAGGUAUUUGUUGCCUGUGGUAUACAGAUUUCGCAGACGCCAGGCAGUAUGUGAGUAGCUUUGUACAUCUGCUGUCUGCGUCUCACGAGAACGUGCUACCGUUGUGUCACUGACACUGUGUGGCCAUAUCUUAUGUUGUUGGUGACCACAGUUCAAUUCUUGCUUGAUGAGUUGAUCGAGCUGCACCACCAAUAUCCCUGUCUUGGACGACCGAUUCGUCUCUUGCGGAAUCUAACGUAACUGCUGAGGUUCGCAAAAUGUCUUGUUGGGUCAUCUAACUUGGGAAUCUGUGCGUACCGAAAGCGCUAUGUCGGCCCGUGCUGCAGUGCAAGUACCACGUUUUGGCCAGUCGCCCGUUGGUUUGCCCUCUAUCCAUUAAGUAAUCUGAUUGGUCGAGGCGUGUCAAAAGCCAAGUAGGCAACAACAGCAAGGUGACAAGUGACAACUAUUCUGACUAGCGAAUAGGCCGGCACCUCCCGGACCGGCAUUGCUGACUUUGACAUGAGGAAAUAUGUGGCGCAAACAGCAGCCGCGGUGCCGGUCAUCACUCUCCGGUCAGCUGUCACAUAUCUACCACCGUACGGUAGCCGCUCCGGCUCGUGCCGCCGCCGUCAAGCAACUCCAGUUCACCAAGGAUUUCGUGGCUGCACGUCUCGUCCGGCUCUAGUUUUUUUACGCGAUGUCGGCUGAUCUUUUCUCAUCCGUGACCGAACAACAACCCCCGACCGGCCUAUAAGAAGACGCAGAUCGCCGCUCGGGCUUUGCGACUGGGGUUCGACUUCGACGUGAAAAGAGACCGUCUGUUCCGAGGUUUUGCUUCCAUGUCGACGAGAGGCGGCGAGGCCGCGAGGCAGGCGACGGUGAAGAUCAUCGAGACGGUGCACGUGGAGGCGGACCGGUACAGCUUCAAGUCCAUCGUCCAGAGGCUCACGGGGAGAGACGCGGUGGUCGGCGGCGGCGGCGACUACUCGGAAGGGGCGCCCGACCGUGGAUCAUAUGAAGAGGCGGCGGCGCAGCGGGCUGCUGGGUUUACGAGCAAGCAAGCGAGCAGGCCCUUCGCUGAUCGCCACGCGUGUAAAGACGAGAGCUGUUGAUGUCCAUCUGUAAUUUGUUUUCUUUUUUUUUUGGAACUUUGAAUCAGCGCUCCAUAUAGAUACUAGGGUGUAUUUGGUUCAACCAACCAAUUGUAGAUUUAUGAAAACCUAUAUAUUCCACUAGUUCAAUUGAGAAUCAA